AUGUCGUUUGCCGUCCCACCUCCAUCUCAACAUGAUAGAGAUUUCCCCUCUGUCUACGAACAGAGAACACCACCACCACCAACACCAGUAGGUCGGGUUGAACUGGGCGAUAAUCUUGUGGAUUCAGUCAUCACACCAAUCAGGUCACACGCUCCUCCGCGGGUUGGGAGCAGUGUCGAUGAGAAUGCACCCAAUACCGAUAUACUAAGACCAAGGCCUGAAAAGCGGAUGCUGGGUUACAUAUCCACGUCGUCUCUAAUCAUUAAUAGAAUGAUAGGGACAGGCAUAUUUUCAAAGCCGUCGGAUAUAUUGAAGAAGACGAACUCAAAGGGUGGAGCGCUGUUCCUUUGGGUUGCCGGAGGAAUGAUGACGCUUAGUGGUCUUCUACUGUACCUCGAGUUAGGUAUCAGAUACCCCGAAAACGGCGGCGAAUUAGUUUACCUCGAACGAUGCUACCCCAACAUUCGUUAUUUUUUCAGCGUCGUAUUUUCCAUCUUUUUUGUUCUCCUCUGUAAUAACGCCGCCAACACAAUUGCAUUUGCAAAAGGUAUGCUUAUAGCAUUCAAUGGAGAUCAUGAUACAAACCCCGAUUUCCGCCUGCAACAAUUCAUAGCCCUUGUCUGCAUCACCUUCGUUUGCCUGUUGCAUUUAUUUUCCCGCGAGAUGGGAAUCUUCGUGAGCAACGCCUUGGCCGCCUAUAAAAUUACGCUGCUGCUCUUUGUUGUAGUUACUGGUUUCGUGUGUCUAGCAGGAGGAGGACGAGAUAAUUCGGAAGAUGGAACACCUUAUGGUCACGAAAACCUUGUGGACGCGUUCAAGGACCCGAGCCGGAACCCUUAUUCUUAUGCGAGUGCGAUGUUGAGCGUGCUAUUUGCUUACGAAGGCUGGGAAAAUGCGAAUUACGUCCUAGCGGAAGUGAAGCGACCUGGGGGGAAUGUGGCUAAGACAUUCAAAAGGGCGGCGCUGUUUUCUUUCACCUUGGUCACUGUGCUUUACGUGCUGGCAAAUGUUGCUUAUUUCUCAGCAUUGGGCUCUGAUGAGUUGGAAACAGUGGGGAUCUCAGUUGCCGCAAAAUUCUUCAAAAGGGUUUUCGGGGAUAGUUCAUUCGUGACUCGGGGACUUCCGGUUCUUAUAGCGUUCUCGGCUUUAGGAAACGUCGUUGCAAAUACAUAUACCACUGCAAGAGUAAAACGGGAGAUCGCAAAGCGGCGGAUCCUCCCUUUCUCAAAGUAUUGGGAAAGAGAGCAUCCAUAUUACGGUACGCCUGUUGGUGCGCUGACUCUGCAUUGGAUCUUCAGCGUUCUCGUGAUUAUUGUUACUCCCAACUAUAGUGGCGACGAUGAAGCAUACAAUCUCCUCAGUAUCCUCUGGACUUAUGCCCAUACCUGGAUUGGAAUAUUCGUCUCAAUCGGUCUUGUAGUACUCGCUGUUGGCCAGCUCGAAUGGAGUUUCAUCAUAGUAGGACGGAAAACACUCUACUCCCUCAUUAGUUUCUAUAUUCUUCUUAAUCUUUUCGUCAUUAUCUUAAGGUGGUGGCCGUCUACAGAUCCGGUGCGUAUCCCAUCUACGACUGCUCCCGCAAUUGGGACUGGUGUCCUUGGAUUCGGGGUGCUGUACUGGAUGGUGGUUUCGAAGGUGAUGCCGACGAUGGGACUGGCGCGACGGGAGAUUCCAGUUGAUGAAAUAACACUGCGAGGAAUGGCUAUUUAUAGCAGUGGCAGCAGUGUAGUCGCCUAUGAGUGGGCGAAGAGUGGAAUAGCUGAGAGGCUGUCAAAUUGGUGGACUCUGAAGUUGAAAAGAACCGCUAGUUGA